CUGAAGAAUGACUCCAUGGGCCUGCGGCUGGCCAAGGUGGAUGCGAUGGAGGAGACAGACCUGAGCGCCGAGUUCGGCGUCACAGGGUACCCGGUGCUGAAGCUCUUCCGAGACGGGAAUCGCACUCACCCCAUAGACUUCACAGGGCAGCGGGACGCCGAGGGCAUUGUGCGGUGGAUGCGGCGGAAGGCCGGCCCCAGCACAGAGCUGCUGCAGGACGAGGCCAGCGCCCAGGAGUUCAUUGCCUCCCAGGACGUCGUUGUCAUCGGGUUCUUUAAGGACCUGCAGAGCAAAGCUGCCCAGGGCUUUUAUGAAGUUGCCAGUGAUGCCGUGGAUGUGACCUUCGGGGUCUCCAACAGGACGGAGCUCUUCCAGAAAUACAGCGUCACCCCCGACACCGUCUGCCUCUUCAAGAAGUUUGAUGAGAAGCGGGCGGAUUUCCCACUGGACGCGGAGCUGGGCCUGAACAAGGAAGAGCUCUCCCGCUUCAUUGUCCUGCACAGCCUGGAGCUGGUGAUGGAGUUCACCAGUCAGAACUCUCCAAAGAUAUUCGGGGCAAAAAUCCUCAACCACCUGCUGCUGUUUAUUAACAAGACCCUGGAGCCCCACUUGGAGAUCCUGGGCAGCUUCCGGGCUGCUGCACCCCCGUUCAGGGGCCAGGUUCUCUUCGUGCUCAUCGAUGUGAAUGGGGAAGGUGCCCAAGUGCUGCAGUACUUCGGCCUCAAGAGCCACGAGGCCCCCACCAUGCGCUUCAUCAACACCGAGACCAACAGGAAGUACCGCAUGGCCACGGACGAGUUCACCACCCAGGCCGUGGGCUCCUUUGCCCAGGCUGUGCUCGACGGCAAGGUCCAGCCCCAUCUCAUGAGCGAGGAGGUCCCUGAGGACUGGGAUAAGCAUCCAGUUAAAGUCCUUGUGGGCAAGAACUUUGAGCAAGUGGCUUACGACGAGACCAAGAAUGUUUUUGUGAAGUUCUAUGCCCCCUGGUGCACACAUUGCAAGGAGUUGGCACCUGUCUGGGAGGAGCUGGGUGAGAAGUAUAAAAAUCAUGAGAACAUCAUCAUCGCCAAGCUGGAUGCAACAGCCAACGAGAUCAUGAAUCUCACCAUCCGUGGCUACCCUACGCUGCACUAUUUCCCUGCCGGGCCAGACAGGAAGAUGAUUGAGUACAAGAGCGCCAGAGACCUGGAGACCUUCUCCAAGUUCCUGGAGAACGGUGGGAUGCUGCCUGUGGAGGAGACACCGCCUGUGGUUCCUGAGAGCCCAGAGGAGCCCAAGGAUACAAAUGGGACACGCCCGGCGGAUGCCCCUGAAAGCAGAGACGAGUUAUGAGCCCUGCCCUGCACCCAUCCCUGGGACCCCUGAGAGCAUGCACCUGGGGCACGGACUGAGCCUGCAUUGGGCUGGCCUGGUCUCUCGGGCCCUGCUUCGGGCAGCAGCUGCUCUCCAAACGGUGGCAAGGCCUAUGGUGGGCGCAGCCUGGCACCUCCUCCUUUUGCAGAGCAUCCCCAGCUGGGAACAGGGCCAUCCGCCAUGCCCCCCACAUGCUCCCAGCCUCCACCCCAUCCUGCAGCACUGAUGACCCAGAAGCCAGGCCCAGCACGCUGAGCUUCGCCCACAGCUCCCCCAGGCAGCG